AUGACGGAUAAUAUGGUAGGAGCGCUCGUUGGUUCGACAGUAGCCAUGAUAUGUAUCACUACACUGGUUGUCUCGAUACGAAUGGCUGUUAGAACAAGUCUGAGAACUUACGGCCUCGAUGACGUUCUCAUUACCGCUAGCUGGGUUUUCGCGAUGGGCAUGUUCACUGCGACCAUGAUCUCGGCUCAUUCAGGACUUGGCAGGCAUCACCACGAUGUCAGUGUUUCAGAAUACGAGCAGUUCCUCAAAUUGACUAUCGCGACUUCGGCAACGUACAGCUACGGCCUGGCUCUCGCCAAAAUGUCCUUCGCUGUUCUCUACAUACGAAUGCUACCAGAUCGAAGACUCGUGGUGAUGAACAGGGCCAUAAUCCUCUUUCUUUGCGGUCAGGCCAUCGAAGAGAGCCUCAUCCCAAUAUUCCAAUGUAAACCGAUUGCGAAAGCCUGGACCGUGGGUAUGGAAGGGACUUGCCUUGACCUCCCGGUUCUAUGGUGGAGCGGCUUUGGAUUCAAUCUCUGCACCGACUUGAUCUUAUUCAUACAGCCAGUUCCCACUUUAUGGAAGUUGCAACUGCCGCUGGUCAAAAGACUUGGCCUCAUCGCCAUGUUGUCAUUGGGUUUAUUGGUUGUCGCUAUUUCUGUGAUUCGCAUGCACUCCGUCACCGAGAUGGGAAUUGACGACACACGUGAGCAAUCUACCUCUUCAAGACUAAUCGUCAAAGCUGAUACACAUUCUAGCAUCGACACGCUGCCACGAGCCAUCGAAACAAUUGGCCAAACGAGACGAAAACAACGACUCACGUCGGAGUAUGGCAGCGGCCAUGAAAGAUACUACUCUAUUGGGUCAGGUUCUACAGGCAGGACCCUGAGGUAUCCCUUGAGUGUAUUGAGUCGACCCGGGAAGGCUUCGUCCAAGGCAAGAGAGGCACCACAGGAGACGCUACGCACCAGUCUCACAGGCGACAUCAAUAGCAUUGCCAAUCUGCGAAAACUUGGACUGGAGUUUGACUGCGACGUGGAGCGCAGUGCGGGAGAUACGGUCAACGUACCCGAAGAGACAUACUUUCCAAUGGGAAAUUGA